AUGAAGAUCUCCAUCGUCCUACUCUCCGUUCUAUUUGGUCUUACCAUCGCGCUCCCCACACCCGAUGACCUAGACUGGCUUUCCCACGACACUGAAGCCCCCGGCGGCAGCCCCAGCUCUCGAAAGCGCCAAUACUCCACCGGCACCCUCCACCCAAGCUUCACCCACGUCUGGACCGUAACCCCAGGAGUAGGCUACUUCGAAGCCUCCCCAACCGGCUACGUGCGCUUUCUCACCACCGAAACCGACCAAACCUUCCAACCCGACGCUUCGCUCCGCGGCCACAACGCUACAGUGGGCUUUGACGUCCCGCAGGGCAAGCUCACCGAUGGAAUGGAGUUCCAAGUCUUCACUGCGCUCUCAACGCUGGUUUUGGAGAAAAAUAAGGACAAAGCUAAUACGAACGAUUCGAGGGGUGAUUAUGUCGCUAGGUUCGUUGUGAAAGGAGGAGUUGCGCAAUUAGCGGAUGGGGAGAAGGGGAGGUUGAUGGUGCCUGAUAGGGAGCAAUUUACGCUUCAGAUUGUGGGGUCCUUCAGAGUGGAAUUUCAGUUCGAUGCUUCUACUGGGCAGGGCUUGACUGUGACUAGAGCGGACUGA